AUGACGGAUGAUGCAGGUGUCGUCACCUUGGGUCAAGAUGGGGUGAUUAGUAAAUGGACGCGGAAUAAUCAAAGUCACUGGCAAUGGGCGAAGCUGUUGGAUGCAGGCAAAGAGGAUUCUGUCUGCUUUGCCUACCAACGUGACAGGAUCGCUGUCGCAUUCCCUCGCGUAGGUGUGAAGGUCUGGAUAUGGAUCAAAGGCACCUGGCAGCCGCAACGUUCGAUUCUGCGACAAAACGUGACAUCCAUUAGAUUUGUUGAAGAUGGGGAGGCCCUAAUAGGUGGGACGAGCGACGGUGUACUGUGGUAUUGUCAAGUGCCGAACGGUACGCUUCGAGCUUACGCCUUCCUCAAGUCCAAAGUCUUGCAUUUAGAUGUCAACUUGUCUGGGACGCACGCCCUCGUGUCACAAUCCGGAGGUCGGGCACACUUGGUGGGUAUCCAACGGAUGGAUCAUAAGGGAAAGAUAGAACAAGUGUACGCUACGAACGGAGAUUCUGGAGGCGAAAACAAGCAGGGAGGCGGUGCAGUUUUUGCAAAUGGAUGCCGGUUGGUCUUGUUUGGGACGACGGACAGUAACAUGUUAGUAUGGGACAAGGCAAAAGGAGAGAUUGUCUGCGGGUACGAUCAUGAUGGUGAACAAGUACAGGCCGUUGCGAGCUUCGACAAGGGAUCCAACGUGCACAUAAUUACUGGGACCAAGAAUGGUCUUUUAUCGUGGUGGAGGCCGUUCCCAACGGAUUAA